AUGGCCGCCUCUGUUCUUGCUUCCAAGGCCCUGGCCCUCUCCACUCCCUACGGAUUCUGCAACAGGGGUUCAAACAACAACAACGCGUUGGGGACUGUCAACUCCGGCCGUCUCAGUCCACAGAAGAUUGCGACAGCACGCAAGGUCACGAAAACGUAUUGCCAAGCACAACCCAUCGAGGGCGAAAAGGGCGACCAGCUGUCUGGCGGCAACACUGGAAGCGUCGCCCCAAAGGAGGGGCCCCGAGUGGGGAAGAGGGAGUUCUUGGCGGGAUCCGCUGCGGCAGCCGCGGCGGUUACGCUAACCCCCUGGACCGGCGCUGCUUUGGCGGAGACAUUUGCCGUGGACGAAGUCACGGGCAAACCGGUCGUCAUUGCUGACGUUCUUCAGAAGGCGGCUUCGCUGGACCGCAUCUUGGUCCGAGGGAUCGACAAUAACCCGACAUACCUUCUCGUAGACGACGGCAAAGUGUCAGACUUCGCACUGCGCGCGGUUUGCACCCACAUGGGUUGCACCCCGGACUGGGUUGCCGGUGACGGGAAGUUUGAGUGCCCCUGUCACGGUUCGCAGUACAACGCGCGAGGCGAAGUCGUGGAAGGGCCGGCUCCUGAGAAUCUGGCGUUGGUCCACGUCAAGAUCGACGACGGAAAAGUUAUCCUGGACGACUGGAACGAAGCCGACUUUCGUAACGGCGAGACUGAUCCCUGGUGGAUCUGA